GGCUGGGUCUCACACAUGCGCAGUCGAAUAGUCCUUGUGUAGGUUACUGAUCCUGAGAGUCAGCCGUCAACAUGCAGAGCUGGAAACAUGUCUACCGGACCCUGUCAGCGCGGAGCCCCCACGCUCCGUGUAAACUCCACGGCGCCUCAGUCCUCUCCGUCAGAAGUUAUGCAGACAAAGCAGCACUGGAUGCUGACGUCACGGUGGUGGGCUCUGGACCGGGGGGCUAUGUAGCUGCCAUCAAAGCUUCUCAGCUGGGCUUCAAAACGGUGUGCGUGGAGAAGAACGCCACCCUGGGCGGGACCUGUCUCAACGUGGGCUGCAUCCCCUCCAAGGCUCUUCUCAAUAACUCCUACCUCUACCACAUGGCCCAUGGCAAGGACUUUGAGAGCAGAGGAAUUGAAAUUACGGGUCUGACUCUGAACCUGGAGAAGAUGAUGGCCCAGAAGAGCGGCGCAGUGAAGGCCCUGACCGGAGGCAUCGCUCACCUCUUCAAGCAGAACAAGGUGACCCACGUAAACGGGUACGGGCGGGUGAGCGGUAAGAACCAGGUGACGGCCAUCUGCGACGACGGCAGCGAGCAGGUCAUCAACUCCAAGAACAUCCUGAUUGCCACCGGGUCGGAGGUCACGCCCUUCCCCGGCAUUGAGAUCGAUGAGGAGACCAUCGUGUCGUCGACCGGCGCUCUGUCUCUGAGCAAGGUUCCAGCAGAGCUCAUCGUGAUCGGAGCCGGCGUCAUCGGAGUGGAGCUGGGGUCAGUGUGGCAGCGGCUGGGCUCCAAGGUGACGGCGGUGGAGUUCCUGGGCCACGUGGGGGGGCUGGGCAUCGACAUGGAGAUCUCCAAGAACUUCCAGCGCAUCCUGCAGAAGCAGGGCAUGAAGUUCAAACUGGGGACCAAGGUCAUGGGGGCGUCACGCCGGCCUGACGGCAAGAUCGACGUGGCGGUGGAGGCGGCUGCGGGGGGGAAGUCAGAGACCCUGAGUUGUGAUGUCCUGCUGGUCUGCAUCGGGAGACGACCUUUCACCUCCAACCUGGGGCUGGAGGGGGUCGGCAUCACCCUGGACAACAGGGGGCGCAUCCCUGUCAACGGGCGCUUCCAGACCGCAGUACCCAGUAUCUUUGCCAUUGGUGACGUGGUGGCCGGGCCCAUGCUGGCCCACAAGGCGGAGGACGAGGGGAUCAUCUGUGUGGAGGGGAUGGCCGGGGGGGCGGUGCACAUCGACUACAACUGCGUCCCCUCCGUCAUCUACACCCACCCCGAGGUGGCCUGGAUCGGCAAGACGGAGGAGCAGCUCAAAGAGGAGGGCAUCCCCUACAAGGUGGGGAAAUUCCCCUUCGCGGCCAACAGCAGAGCGAAGACCAACGCGGAUACAGACGGUCUGGUGAAGAUCCUCGGCCACAAGGAGACGGACCGCAUGAUCGGGGCCCACAUCCUGGGGACCGGGGCGGGAGAGAUCAUCAACGAGGCGGCGCUAGCGAUGGAGUACGGAGCUUCCUGUGAGGAUGUGGCCCGCGUUUGCCACGCCCACCCUACGGUGUCGGAAGCCUUCAGAGAAGCAAACCUCGCUGCGUCCUUCGGUAAAGCCAUCAACUUCUGAGAUCUCCUCGCUCGCUCCUGCGCUCUCUUGCUCUCUCACUCUCUCUCUCUCUCUCUCAGCCCCUUCUCUCUCACCCCCCUCUCUCUCUGUACAUAAUCAUUCUCUCUACGACCUCUGACCCAAGAAACACUCACGCACAACACCAGUAGCCCUGCCCCUCGCUGUGCAAUACUUUGUUAUUUAAACAUUUGGUGAGAACAAUAAAGUUAUUGGCCAGAGA